AUGGGUAUGAGGAAUUACAAACUUUCGCACGGUACGAUGAUGUUGGAAGGCUUGAUCGGGUAUUUCCGAGCGUACCGUUCGAACUCGAACUCGAAGAUGGUGGAUUUGAAGAAGCUGAGACCGAUGAUUCAGAAGAGAAUUGAGAAUAGAGCCAAAGAUUACCCAGUGAUAGCCAUAGUACCAGUUGCCCAAGAUGUCCUAAAGGCCAGAACCCUCCUCUACCAAGGCGUCUCCACCCUUCUCCAACUCUUCCCUCUCUGGGCCUGCAAAUGA